UCCUCAAAACUUUGUGUUCUUUUUUUCAGUCCUAUUUUUUCUUGUCUGGGGAUUCUGAUUUAUAUGAGUGCUCAACUCUGUGCUCAAAUGAAGUCCAUUUUCCUGCAUUUCAAAUGAAGCACACAGCACUAGGAGAUGGUUAUCAUUUGACCAAAAUCAAUAAAUAUCAAGCAACAGUGUCCUGUUGGUACUGAGUCAUGAAGGCAGCUGAUGAGAAAAAUGAGUAGCAGUCCUUGGGGUGGUGCUGCCUAUCCACCUUCAAAUCCUCCUCCAAUUGGCCUAGAAAACGUGUCUGGCUAUGCCAAUCAGUUCAAUCCCAACUACAUGUCUGGAAUGGCAUCCAACCUGGCAGGGACCUUUGGAGGGGUCCCACAGGGUGUGUUUCCUUCAACACCUGGGAGUUAUCCCCCAGUUCCUCCAGGUGGCUUUGGGCAACCUCCAUCAGGACAACAGCCUUCUUAUGGAGGCUAUCCUCCACCUGGAGGAAAUCAGCCAUCAGGAAUGCCAGCCUACCCAGGAUACCCAGGAGGCUCUGUGCCAGGCCAGCCCACACCACCGCCGGGGCAGCAGCCUGUGAGCUAUCCAGGACAACCACCAGCAACUUACCCAGGGCAGCAGCCCAUGCCAAAUUAUCCCCCUGGUCCAGCUGCAAAUCCUUCUGUGCCGUCUUACCCAGGAACUCCAGGGCCUGUGGUCUCUCCUGUAACAUAUGGAAACCGUGGCACAAUCACUGAUGCACCAGGAUUUGACCCUCUAAAGGACGCAGAAGUCUUAAGGAAAGCCAUGAAAGGAUUUGGAACUGAUGAGCAGGCUAUUAUUGACUGUCUUGGAAGUCGUUCAAACAAGCAACGGCAGCAGAUCAUCCUGUCCUUCAAAACAGCCUAUGGAAAGGAUUUGAUCAAGGAUCUCAAGUCUGAGCUGUCAGGUAACUUUGAGAAGACAAUCUUAGCAAUGAUGAAGACACCUGUCAUGUUUGAUGCUUAUGAAAUCAAGGAGGCUAUAAAGGGCGUUGGCACAGAUGAGAACUGUCUCAUUGAAAUCUUAGCUUCUCGCAGUAAUGAGCACAUUCAGGAACUCAACAGGGUCUAUAAAGCAGAAUUUAAGAAAACCCUGGAAGAAGCAAUCAGAAGUGACACAUCUGGACACUUUCAAAGGCUUUUAGUUUCACUUUCUCAGGGAAACAGAGAUGAAAGUACAACUGUUGAUAUGUCUCUCGUCCAAAGAGAUGUGCAGGAGCUAUAUGCAGCUGGAGAGAACCGUCUGGGAACUGAUGAAUCCAAGUUCAAUGCCAUUUUGUGUGCCAGAAGCAGGGCCCACCUCAGAGCAGUCUUCAGCGAGUACCAGAGGAUGUGUAACCGGGACAUUGAGAAAAGCAUAUGUCGUGAAAUGUCUGGAGACCUGGAAAAGGGCAUGCUGGCAGUAGUGAAGUGCCUCAAGAAUACACCAGCGUUUUUUGCGGAGAGGUUACAGAAGGCUAUGAAGGGAGCGGGAACAAAAGACAGAACGCUGAUUCGGAUCAUGGUAUCGCGCAGUGAGGUUGACCUGAUGGACAUCCGUGCAGAAUACAAGCGGAUGUAUGGCAGAUCCCUCUACACAGAUAUUACUGGUGAUACUUCAGGAGACUACCGGAAAAUCCUACUCAAGUUGUGUGGUGGGAACGAUUAAAUGGAACAUUCAUCUUUCCUUUAAAAAGCUGCUGUUUUCAUGGUUUUGCUUUAAAACAUCUUUUCCUCACCAAAAAGAAACAUAUAAUGACCUGUUAAUCCUACAACAAUUACAUUUUAAAAGAUGCUACUGCAUAUAUCUUCAGUUGAAAAAUAGUAGGUAAUAAAUGCCCCCAAAAUAUAAACAUCAAGCUUAGGUGCCAUCUGUUCAGCAUUCUACAUAGUGCUCUUGAGCAAUCCAUGAAUGGCAGGUCAUCAUUUCUUUUCUGCUUAUAUUAUGCUGAAAUAGUUUGGUUUAUGACAACAAAAGAAAUCACAGUUGUAUGAUUUAAGGUUUUCUUUUGUAUAAACGGCACGUGCCAUUUGAACGCCAAUUUUAUAUGUAUUGUAUGCAGAGUUGGGUUUGUGCUAAACUGCUCUCUGGGGUGUGAAGAGAAGAGCCUGGAGUUUUUGUGUGUUUCAUUAAGACUGUUUUAAAGUUUUGUCAAGUUUUGUCUUCUUUCUUUGAUUACACAGAAUCACAGAAUUGUUUUGAAGGUGUUCCACAUUUCAUCCUCGCUAGGGCAGCUGUCACAAGGCAGUAGUAAUGUUGACAGUGGUAAAGAUUCUAUGGUUAUUGUUUUAAGGUCUUGGGUUGUGCCUUAAAUAUAUGUAUGUAAGAAGAGUUUAUGAAAUUAAAGCUGUCUAUCUUCUAA